AGGGGAGUGGAGGGCAGCAGGUGGGAGGAGAGUCCGGGAGCAACUUGGGCUGGAAGCGGAGAAGCAACUGGGCUGAAGCCUCUCAGCUGCGGCUGCUGCAGGUUCCUUCCCUCCCCAAAUGGAAGCCCACUGGUGCUGCAGGCUGGGAAACUGGGGGCUGCAAUUUCUGCUGGUGGGAAGCUUGAAAAAGCCUCCUUCCAAUGCAGGUUGAGCCUUUGGGGCUGGUUUCCCUCCAGAGGGAGCUCCGUCACUGGAGGUUUGGAAGAGAGCUGGAAGAAACCUUGGAGGUCUUAAUGACGUCUCAGACAAAUGGCUGUCCCGUCGGUUUAAAAGCCACCAGCAAUGGAGCCCCCACAACCUCUGGAGGGAAGCCAUUCCCGAAGAAUCAACCUUCACUCAAAAGGGACUUUUUCAGUCUUCCAGGCAGCAGAAAAUUGCAGCCAUUCCCUUCCACUGGCUAAUUGUUCUCACUGAUGGGAUUUUUCCUUAAUUCCAGGUUUUUCUCUCUCCUUGAUUAGUUUCCAUGCAUUGCUUCUUGUCUUGUCCUUCUGGUGCUUUGGAAAAGAAGUUGACCCUCCAAGUAUUGGAACACUGCUAUCAUGUCACCCCUAGUCCUUCCUUUCACUAGGCGAUUCAUUCCCAAUUACUGCAACCCACUAAUUAUCCCUUCUGCUCUUCUCUGCGCUCUUUAUAGAGUCUGGAUGCCUUUUUUAUAUUGUGGUGAUGAAAAGUGGUUGCAGUAAUCCAAGUGUGAUCUUAAUCAAAGCAUUGGUACUAAUACUUCAUGUGAUCUCGAUUCUAUCCCCCUGUUUAGGCAGCCAGAGUUUCUCAGGCUUCUUGAGUUGUUUUCCUGUUUAAGAUUUUCAUCCAUGGAAUCCUUCCCAAGCUGUCUCUUGGUUUGUUAAAAUCAGCUGCUUUAAAGUCUAAGACAUUAGUUUGAUUUUGCUCUAUUGCUUGUGUCUGCAUUAUAUUGAAUUCCAGUAUGACAUGGUCACUCUUUCCCCAAAUUAUCUGCAACUUCACCCCCCACCCCCUUAUAAUUUUCUCUCUGCUAGUAAAAGUUUAGAUCACUAUAGGAGAUCCUUAGUUCCCUUUUCUACCUUUUGGAUGACAAGUUGUCAUCUAGAUUCAUGAGGAACCUUUUAAGACGGGUGUCAAGCUGGCGGCCCAUGGGCUGGAUGCGUGACAUGCAGGCCACACCCACCCCAGCUCCAUAAAUGGGUAGAAUGUCACAAAAUGUCACAUGACGGCAACAUGACAUGGCAAGUUUGACACUCGUGCUUUAAGACAAGAUUGGCCAGCCAUUUGUCUGGAAUGUUAUAGGGUAUCCUGCCUGAGAAGGUGAUUGGACUAGAGGACCUCCAAGGUCCCUUCCAACUCAUAACCUAUUCUGUUACGGGCUUGCUAUUCUCUUGGUAUUUCUACUGACCGUAUUUUUCGGACUAUAAGACGCACCUGACUAUAAGACGCACCUAAAUUUAGAAGAGGAAAACAAUAAAAAAAGGUUUUGGCCUACCUUUUUUCGGGCCGUUUCCAGCCUUUUUUCGGUCUUUUUCUGGGGCUAUUUUCAGCCCAUUUUUGAGUGCUUUUUUCAGCUCGUCUUUGAGGCUUUUUUCGGCUUGUUUCUGGGGCUUUUUUCCCUGUUUUUGAGGCUCCCCCCUGUUUUUGAGGUUUUUGGGGGGCUGUUUUUGACGCUUUUUGGCCCGUUUGUGAGGUUUUUGGGGGUAUUGAGGCUUUUUUUGGCCUGCUUUUGGGGGGCUGUUUUGACGCUUUUUUGGUCAAUUUUUGAGGCUUUUGUGUCCCAUUUUUGAGGCUUUUUUUGGCCUGUUUUUCUGAAAAAACGUUCCUGUGGUUAUGAAGGUGCAGGAAAAGGAGAGACACCAACUUGGGUUCUGCCAACCGUUGCACAUUUAUGAUGGCUGCAGCAUCCCAAACUCAGGAUCCCCGUUUGUGACCUUCUCAGCUAGAUUCUGAAGCAAAAUUAGUAGGGAUGCCAGCAGGAAAUUGCAAGUCGCAGUUUGUGGAACAGAUGCAAGUUAGCACUGUCAUGUGACAUCAUGCUUCAUGACCGGCUGCUUAGUGACACAGAAGCCAGUCCCAAUUGCACUCAACAAAGAGGAUGGCAAUAAGAGCACUCUGGACAACUGAGAAUAACAAGCAACGUUGAAAAGGAAAUAAAAUUGAGCCAGAAAUCAAAAUAUAUUCCAGUUCCUUCAGAAAACCACACAAUUCUCCUUCUCCAGCAGCUAAUAGACAAAAGAGAGAAAAUUAACAUGAGAUUUUGAGCUGGAAAAAGUAGAGGAUACGAAACUCAAGGAUACAUUGCAUGAAAGAUCAAGGAAGAAUAUUUUUCAUUCAGAAAAAGAUGGAAAUAUCUGGAAGUUAGUGGGAAGGAAAAGGUCUUAUUGGGCAGGGCACAUACAGGCCUUGCUCUGGGAAGAAGCAAACGGCUUUAAUCAAAACACUAUUAAACAAUAGAUCACACAUAUUUUUGACCUCAAGAAUAUCAGUUGUGGAAAAGCUCCAUAGAUCUGCCUAUUGUAGAAAAAGCACAGAUUGCAAAUCAUAGCUGAUUAAACAAGAAGAUCCCAACUGGAGAAAAGCCAUACAAAUUAUCUGAAUAUGCCAAAAAGUUUGGUCAGAACAGCUUCCUUGUGGUUCAUGGAACGACUCACACAGGAGAGAAGCCAUACGAGUGCUCCAGAUGUGAAUACUUUAGUGAGCACGGCAACAUGGUGAUAAAUCACAGGACACCCAUCACAUAAGAGUGCCCAAAUUGUGUGAAAGUUUCAUUGGAAAUUACCUCCUCAUGAGACAACAAAGGACUCACACAGGAGAGAAACCCUUUCAAUGCCCUAUCUGUGGGAAAGGUUUCAGUCGCAAUUCCAGCCUGCUGCCACACCAGAGGACUCACACAGGAGAGAAACCCUUUCAAUGUCCUGAGUGUGGGAAAAGUUUCAGUCAGAAUUCCAGCCUGAUGAAACACCAGAGGACUCACACAAGAGAGAAACCCUUUCAAUGCCCUAUCUGUGGGAAAGGUUUUAGUCACAAUUCCAGCCUGCUGCCACACCAGAGGACUCACACAGGAGAGAAACCCUUUCAAUGUCCUGAGUGUGGGAAAAGUUUCAGUCAGAAUUCCAGCCUGAUGAAACACCAGAGGACUCACACAAGAGAGAAACCCUUUCAAUGUCCUGAUUGUGGGAAAAGGUUCAGUUACAAUUACAGCCUGGUGACACACCAGAGGACUCAUACAGGAGAGAAACCAUUUGAAUGUCCAGAUUGUGGGAAACAUUUCAGGCACCAUUAUGAGCUGGUGAUACAUCAGAGGACUCAUACAGGAGAGAAACCUUUUGAAUGUUCUGAUUGUGGGAAAACUUUCAGUCACAAUUCCAGUCUGGUGAAACACCAGAGGACUCAUACAGGAGAGAAACCAUUUGAAUGUCCUGAUUGUGGGAAAAGUUUCAGUUGCAAUUACAGCCUGGUGAUACACCAGAGGACUCACACAGGAGAGAAACCAUUUGAAUGUCCUGAUUGUGGGAAAAGUUUCAGUCAAAUUUCCAUCCUGGUGACACACCAGAGGACUCACACAGGAGAGAAACCGUUUGAAUGUCCUGAUUGUGGGAAAAGUUUCAGUCGCAGUUCCAGCCUGGUGACACACCAGAGGACUCACACAGGAGAGAAACCAUUUGAAUGUCCUGAUUGUGGGAAAAGUUUCAGUCACAAUUCCAGUCUGUUGAAACACCAGAGGACUCACACAGGAGAGAAACCAUUUGAAUGUCCUGAUUGUGGGAAAAGUUUCAGUCGCAGUUCCAGCCUGGUGACACACCAGAGGACUCACACAGGAGAGAAACCAUUUGAAUGUCCUGAUUGUGGGAAAACUUUCAGUCACAAUUCCAGCCUAGUGAAACAUCGGAACACUCACACAGGAGUGAAACCAUAUGAGUGCCCAGACUGUGGGAAAGAUUUCAGUACUAAGACUAGCCUUUUGAAUCAUGUGCUUAUACACACGGGAGAAACCAUUUAAUUGCCCCAAGAGUGGACGGUGCUUCAGGAAACAUUCCACCCUUAUUGCACACAAGAAAAUGUGCAUGGAUUUUCCAAAGUGAUGAGUGAUGACCUAAAGCAGUGGUUCCCAAAGUGGGCGGUACCAAAGUGGGGG